GAUAAGUCUGAGUUUGAGUAAGAGGCAGGCAGUUGAAGGCAACCGGGACACUGACAGUGUAGCUGGCGAACCCGUUUUGUUCAAGAGAUACGGCAACAUUUGACUUAUAACUAUAAUGCAUUACUAAGUAUCUCCCGGGGUAUAGGCGAAACAUUAUCGGCAGACAGUGUUUGUUGCUAGAAUAUUGUAAGCUAACAGCUAGCUAGCUAACAACAGUGCAAUGUUUUGAACGUCGAUGACACCAGAAUUAGUUGUGCACUUCGUUUAUUGCUAGCUAAUUAUAUUAUUAGGUAACUUAGCUACAUUAUACCAAAAUUAUCACUUUUUAGAGAUGGACAACGUUACUUCAUCGUCACACCAUCAUGCAUAUGAAUCAGAGGGCCAGGGGCACAGUCCACCAUACAGGAGGCGGACGGUGGAGGACUUCAACAAGUUCUGCACAUUUGUGUUGGCAUAUGCAGGCUAUAUCCCAUAUCCCCAGGAGGACUCUGCUCUGCGUAGUAGCUCCAGCCCCCCCAACAGUACAGGCAGUACAGCAGACAGUGAUGGCUGGACCCCUGUCCCUCAACCCCCCUCUUGCCCCCCGCGGCCCCCCAUACCCCUGCAGGACAAGAACAGGAAACGACCCCAUCCCACGCGAAUCCACCCUGGGGCCUCACUAUCCAGCCAUGUUAUGAAAAAUCAUGGCCAUUUAGCGUCCUCCCUGCACCCAGAUGACCAGAGGAAAGCCAACAAACUGAAGAAGAGGAGGAAGGACCGGGAGAGCCAGGCCGGCGAGCCGAGCUCUGCACAUCAGGCCGACGCAAUGAGCCCAGAGCCACAGUUCCCGCCCCUGGGAGGACGACCAAUCAAAGACGAGCCUGAGGAUGACUUCUUCAUCCCCCUCCACCCUUCGUCCCCUCACCCCCUGCCCAGCCCCUCUCACUUCAAUAACUCCUCCCCCUGUAAGCAGGAGCACAAUGAGGAGUGGGAGUGCUGGGCUGGACAGGGGCUGGUGGAGGGCAUGGUGAAGGUGGAGAGUGUGGAGAGUUUUACUGGGAACAGGACGGUGAUCCGACAGGGGAAACAGGUGGUGUUCCGAGAUGAGGAUGGCUCCGGAGAGGAUGAGGACAUCAUGGUGGACUCCGAUGAUGACUCGUGGGACCUGGUGACGUGUUUCUGUAUGAAGCCGUUUGCAGGCCGGGCCAUGAUUGAGUGUAACCAGUGUAACACGUGGAUCCACCUGUCCUGUGCUAAGAUCAGGAAGUCCCACGUUCCUGAGACUUAUAUGUGUCAGAGCUGCAGAGGCACACUGGGCCUGGCAGACACCCGCCGCUCAUACCGCUCACGCAUUGGCCCCCGCAGACACCUUCUUGACUGACCCCAUUGCAAACCCCUUCACCCCUCUCACCUGCAUUUAGACCAUGCCCCAUACGGUUCUAACCCCAACCCGGUCCUGUAACGCAUGCCCCAGGCCAGCCCUUUCCUUUUGUCCCUGACCCCAGUCCUACUCCAUGCCCCAGGCCCUUUUCCACACCCCUAUUGUGUCGACUAAGCCUACUAGCCAUCCCUCGGGGUCUUCAACACCCCCAAACUAAACCGAUCCGAGUGCUAUUUAAGAUUUAUUAUACAUUUGACGGUUUCUCUCUGCUUCCUUCCGGACUCUGUGUGCGUAAGUCAAUCACUGAAUGUCUGUCUGUAGUAGUACAAUAGUUGACCAGUAGGGUUGGACUCCAUAGUCUAGUCUGGCUGACCGGUUAGCUCCGACUGGAUAGAGACUAGCAACGCAUCUCGCAUGAACAGUGGAAACCUGUCUUCACUCUUAAACUGUCGGAGAGAAUGGCCUAUAGAGCUGCCACCCAACAGUGUGCAUUUUGGGACGUUGGCUUUUUGCACUUAUUUCAUGCGUUAAAGGGGUGUGUUGACUUGCCAACCUCUUCUCCCCCAACCACCCUCUCAACUAGGUGGUUGGUUACGUUUGUCUGUCUGAGGGAAGCCUUUGUCUAAAGCCUCAAGCAGUGGGUCUGUAGAUAAUGAUGUCCAGUUCUAUACUGAACAAAAAUAUAAAUGCAACAUACUGAGUUAAUUCAUAUAAGGAAAUUUGUCAAUUGAAAUAAAUAAAUUAGUCCCUAAUCUAUGGAUUUCACAUGACUGGGAAUAUAGAUAGGAAUCUGUUGGUCACAGAUACCUUAACAAAAAAAAGGUAGGGUCGUGGAUCAGAAAACCAGUUGCCUCAUGCAGCACAACACAUCUCCUUCGCAUAUAGUUGAUCAGGCUGUGGAAUGUUCUCCUAUUCAACGGUGAGUUUUAUUUUUAUUUAUUAUUUUUUGUACCUUUUAUUUAACUAGGCAAGUCAGUUAAGAAUACAUUCUUAUUUUCAAUGACGGCCUAGGAACAGUGGGUUAACUGCCUGUUCAGGGGCAGAACGACAGCUUGGGGAUUUGAACUUGCAACCUUCCAGUUACUAGUCCAACGCUCUAACCACUAGGCUACCUUGCCGCCCCAUUCUUCCAUGUGCAGGCCAUAGAAGAAGUGGGACAUUUUCCGCUUCCAGGAAUUGUGUACAGAUCAUGGGGCCGUGCAUUAUCAUGCUGAAACAUGAGGUGAUGAAUGGCACGACAAUGGGCCUUGUCACGGUAUCUCUGUGCAUUCAAAUUACCAUCGAUAAAAUGCAAUUGUUUGUUGUCCGUAUCUUGUGCCUGCCCAUAUCAUAACCCCACCGCCACCAUGGGGCACUAUUUACAACCUUGACAUCAGCAAACCGCUCGCCCACACGACACCAUACAUGUGGUCUCUGUUUGUAAGGCCUGUUGGACGUACUGCCAAAUUCUCUGAAAUUAUGUUGGAGGUGGCUUAUGGCAGAGAAAUUAACAUUCAAAUAUCUGGAAACUGCUCUGGUGGACAUUCCUGCAGUCAGCUUGCCAAUUGCACGCUCCCUCAAAACUGUUGUGACAAAACAACACAUUUUAGUGGCCUUUUAUUGUCCCUAGCACAAGGUUCACCUGUGUAAUGAUUAUACUUUUUAAUCAGCUUCUUGAUAUGCCACAUCUGUCAGGUGGAUGUAUUAUCUUGGAAAAGGAGAAAUGCUCAUUAACUGGGAUGUAAAUACAUUUGUGGACCAAAUUUGAGAGAAACACGCUUUUUGUGCGUAUGCAACAUUUUAUUUCAGCUCAGGAAACAUAGGACCACCACUUCACAUGUUGCAUUUAUAUUUUUCUUCAGUACAGAUAAAUGGAACGCGUUCAACUCUUUCUUUCAAUAGACAGAGCUUGAAAUGGUGCUCUAGACAACCAAGGAAUUAUCCCAUAUGACAAACAUGUGAAAGAGGCAUCACUUGAUGCGUUUCAUAUCAACACUUCUCCAUCAAGUGAGUGCUGGCCAUAGACAACCUACAGUCGUGGCCAAAAGUUUUGAGAAUGACACAAAUAUUCAAUUUCCACAAAGUUUGCUACUUCAGUGUCUUUAGAUAUUUCUGUCAGAUGUUACUAUGGAAUAGUGAAGUAUAAUUACAAUAAUUACAUAAGUGUCAAAGGCUUUUGUUGACAAUUACACAAAGAGUCAAUAUUUGCAGUGUUGACCCUUCUUUUUGAAGACCUUUGUAAUCUGCCCUUGGCAUGCUGUCAAUUAACUUCUGGGCCACAUCCUGACUGAUGGCAGCCCAUUCUUGCAUAAUCAAUGUUUGGAGUUUGUCAGAAUUUGUAGGUUUUUGUUUGUCCACCCGCCUCUUGAGGAUUGACCAAGUUCUCAAUGGGAUUAAGGUCUGGGGAGUUUCCUGGCCAUGGACCCAAAAUAUCGAUGUUUUGUUCCCAGAGCCACUUAGUUAUCACUCUUGCCUUAUGGCAAGGUGCUCCAUCAUGCUGGAAAGGCAUUGUUCGUCACCAAACUGUUCCUGGAUGGUUGGGAGAAGUUGCUCUCGGAGGAUGUGUUGGUACCAUGCUUUAUUCAUGGCUGUGUUCUUAGGCAAAAUUGUGAGUGAGCCCACUCCCUUGGCUGAGAAGCAAACCCACACAUGAAUGGUUUCAGGAUGCUUUACUGUUGGUAGCGCUCACCUUGUCUUCUCCGGGCAAGCUUUUUUCCGGAUGCCCCAAACAAUCGUUAAGGGGUUUCAUCAGAGACAAUGACUUUACCCCAGUCCUCAGCAGUCCAAUCCCUGUACCGUACCUGUUGCAGAAUAUCAGUCUGUCCCUGAUGUUUUUCCUGGAGAGAAGUGGCAUCUUUGCUGCCCUUCUUGACACCAGGCAUCCUCCAUAGUCUUCGCCUCGCUGUGUGUGCAGAUGCACUCACACCUGCCUGCUGCCAUUCCUGAGCAAGCUCUGUACUGGUGGUGCCCCUAUCCCGCAGCUGAAUCAACUUCAGGAGACGGUCCUGGCACUUGCUGGACUUUCUUGGGCGCCCUGAAGCCUUCACAACAAUUGAACUGCUCUCCUUGAAGUCCGUGAUGAUCUGAUAAAUGGUUGAUUUAGGUGCAAUCUUACUGGCAGCAAUAUCCUUGCCUGUGAAGCCUUUUUUUUGCGCAAAGCAAUGGUGAUGGCACUUGUUUCCUUGCAGGUAACCAUUGUUGACAGAGGAAGAUCAAUGAUUCCAAGCACCACCCUCUUUUGAAACUUCCAGUCUGUUAUUUGAACUCAAUCAGCAUGACAGAGUUAUCUCCAGUCUUGUCCUUGUCAACACUCACACCUGUGGUAACGAGAGAAUCACUGACAUGUCAGCUGGUCCUUUUGUGUCAGGGCUGAAAUGCAGUGGAAAUGUUUUUUAGGGAUUCAGUUCAUUUGCAUGGCAAAGAGGGACAUUGCAAUUCAUCUGUUCACUCUUCAUAACAUUCUGGAGUAUAUGCAAAUUGCCAUCAUACAAACUGAGGCAGCAGACUUUGUGAAAAUUUAUAUUUGUGUCAUUCUCAAAACUUUUGGCCACGACUGUACAAACACACAUACACUGAGUGUACAAAACCACUCUUUCCAUGACAGACUGACUAGGGAAAAUCCAGUUGAAAGCUAUGAUCCCUUAUAGACGUCGCCUGUUAAAACCACUUCAAACUUGAUGAAGAGGAGACAGGUUAAAAAUGAAUCUUAAGCCUUGAGACCUGGAUUGUGUGCCGUUCAGAGGGUGAAUGGGCAGACAAAAUAUUUAAGUGCCUUUGAACUGGGUAUGGUAGUAAGUGCCUGUUGCACCAGUUUGAGUGUGUCAAGAACGGCAAUGCCAUCCAGCCAACUUGACACAACUGUGGGAACCAUCAAUAUGGGCCAGCAUCCCUGUGGAACGCUUUCGACACCUUGAGUCCAUGGCUCGGACAAUUUUUAUUUUUUUGUAUGUAUGUAUUUUAUUUAACUAGGCAAGUCGGUUAAGAACACAUUCUUAUUUACAAUUAAUGCCUACCCCGGCCAAACCCUAACGACACUGGUCCAAUUGUGCGCCGACCUAUGGGACUCCCAAUCAUGGCCAGUUGUGAUACAGCCUGGAAUUGAACCAGGGUCUGUAGUGACACCUCUAGCACUGAAAUGCAGUGCCUUAGACCGCUGUGCCACUCGGGAGCUGCAGAAUUGAGGCUGUUCAUAGGGCAAAAGGGGGGAGGGUGCAACUCAAUAUUAGGAAUAUGUGCCUAAUGUUUUGUACACCGUGUAUAUAUGAUGCAGUUUCUGGUUCCUUUUUCUGUUCAUAGGUUGCACCUCAGUCACUCGGUUGUCAUGCCAUUGUUAUGAACGUUCUAAAGCCGCCCUCUGCUGGCGGCGUCAUAGUGGUGAUAAACCCAAUCAUUCUGCAAUAGGUGAACUAUUUUGCCUAAAUUACACUAUCGCCUGGGGAAAAAAGUUGAUAUUUCUAAAGUAGUAGGAAAUAUUGUCAUGUCAUUAGGCUAGCAAAGUUAGUCAAAAAUAGCUAGCAAUUCUAACGUUAGCUCGGUGGCCUCCCCUCAAUUUUAGCUAGCUAGCUACCGUUGUACUGCAUCUAAAGUCAAUCUGGCGACGUCCGACUGAUGGCAAGGGGGGUUGCUACUAAUUAUUUGCCUCCAUUUGAAUGUAAUUGUAUUUCCGAGCCACUGUAUUGCACUUUUAAUGAAAUCAUCAGCACUCAUUGACGAUGCGUCUUAGUAGAGGGUGCUCAGUCGGGCAUCAGUCUGAAACGAAUGUUCAAAACAACAUUGUGACGAAACAUCGAAUAGAUUAUUAGAUCAGUUAGUUCUUUCUCCUAGACCAGGGUCUGUACCUGCCGCCGUCCUCCUCAAAGCUUUUAUCUCUUCAGUUAGAACAUUGAAGAACAACUAUUUGUGGAAAUUAUUUCCCUGUUAAAGUUCCUGGCUGUGUUUCCAGAAGCCAUUUCAGUUUUACAUUUUAUGAAGAGUUCAGAUUAUUUUUCCACAAUAGAGCCAGGUAACUGUUGGAAACAAUCACUCAUUGAAUUAAGCUCCACUCACAAACACCACCAUGUCGGGAACAGUUUAAUGGUCCUGAACAGACCCCAGUGGUUAAUGGGUACACAUUGAUGUGGCUUUGAAGAGAGCCCUGGGUGGAGACUGGUUUUGGUGGGUGAAGAAAAUGCAUUAACGUGUGGUGAGCGAAAGCGCACACGUAGCCAUGUAAAGAGAUGUCAUUGUUCCGGUCCAGAAACAAGCCCAUAUCCCCAGGCAUUUCAUGUAAAGUGCCCUUGGGAGCAGGGGUCAGAGGUUGUUUCUGGACAGCCAUUGUCUCUGCCCCUUGGUUCUCAGUCCCCUCAGGUUAGUCCUAUAGGUUAGAGAGCAAUGGGGCCAAUGUAGGAUUUAUUCAGCCAUCAAUCAAUGCAUUAUCAAAACCAUUGCGCAUGUGUCUUAGGGCUCUAUAUAUGGGGUGUUUUGGCAUUCUGAGCUUUUCCUAACCAUGUGACCCGACCGACCACAAAACAAGUUUUAUAGGCUAUAACGAGGACCCAGAAUUUUUCAUGGUCAGGACAACUCCUGACUCUACACGUCUCCUGGUGUACUCAUUUGCACGUAUCCGUAUACUACCAGGCUCGCUGGGGUUUGAUAAUGAUCACUGCCAGGCUCGCUGGGGUUUGAUAAUGAUCACUGCCAGGCUCGCUGGGGUUUGAUAAUGAUCACUGCCAGGCUCGCUGGGGUUUGAUAAUGAUCACUGCCAGGCUCGCUGGGGUUUGAUAAUGAUCACUGCCAGGCUGGGGUUUGAUAAUGAUCACUGCCAGGCUCGCUGGGGUUUGAUAAUGAUCACUGCCAGGCUCGCUGGGGUUUGAUAAUGAUCACUGCCAGGCUCGCUGGGGUUUGAUAAUGAUCACUGCCAGGCUCGCUGGGGUUUGAUAAUGUAUUUUGGAGUUUCUGGAGAAGUGUCCUUCUUCAAGCUGUUUGCAUUUUGACCGUGUUUGGAAUUUAAGCUUUUUCAAAUAUUCAUGUUUUCACCAGUUGUCAAGUCUAAGCUUGCUGAUGUGUACAUAUUUUUGUUUCUUGUCGACCUCAUAUAAAGUACCUUCAGAAUGUAUUCAUACCCCUUGACGUUCUCCAACAAUACCCCAUAAUGACAAAGUGAAAACAUGUUUUUAGACAUCUUUGCUAAGUUACUGAAAAUUAAAUAUUUCAUUUACAUAAGUAUUCAUACUCCCGAGUCAAUACUUUCUAGAAGCAUAUUUGGCAGUGAUUCCAGCUGAGAGUAUUUCUGGGUAAGUCUCUAAGAGCUUUCUCCACCUGGAUUGUGCAACAUUUGCCCAUAUUAUUUUCAAAAUUCUUCAAGAUCUGUCAAAUUGGUAGUUGAGCACUGCUAGACAACCAUGUUCAGGUCUUGCCAUAGGUAUUCAAGUAGAUUUAAGUUAAAAUUGUAUCUCGGCCACUCAACAUUCACUGUUGGUAAGGAACUUUAGUGUAGCUUGGGCCUUGUGUUUUAGGCUAUUGUCCUGCUGAAAGGUGAAUUAAUUUACCAGUGUCCACCAGUGUCUGGUGGAAAGCAGACAACCAGGUUUUCCUCUAGGAGUUUGCCUAUGCUUUGCUCUAUUUUGUUUUCAUUUUCUAUGCUGAAAAACUUCCCAGUCCUUAAUGAUUACAAGCAUACCCAUUACAUGAUGCAGCCACCACUAUGCUUUAACAUAUGCAGAGUGGUACUCUGUAAUGUAUUGGAUUUGCCCCAAACAUAACAGAAAAAUGUAAUUGCUUUGCCACAUUUUCAUUUUCUUUCUUUUCACUAUGUCAAUUAGGUUAGUAUUGUGGAGUAACAAUCAACAAUGUUGUUGAUCCAUCCUCAGUUUUCUCUUAUCACAGCUAUUAAAUCCCGUAACUGUUUUAGAGUUACCAUUGGGCUCACGGUAAAAUUCCUGAGCGGUUUCCUUCCUCAACUAAGUUGGGAAGGACACCUCUGUUUCUCGUGACUGGGUGUAUUGAUACGCCAUCCAAAGUGUCAUUAAUAACUUCCCCGUGGUCAAAGGGAUAUUCAAUGUCUGUCUUUUCUUCUUUUUGCCAUCUACCGAUAGGUGCCCUUUUGUAAGGCAUUUUAAAAUAUCCCUGGUCGUUUUGGUUAAAUGUGUUUUGAAAUUCACUCUGAGGGACCUUACAAUUAUCUGUAUGUGUGGGGUACAGGAAGAGGUUGUCAUUCAAAAAUGGUUAAACACUAUUACUGCAACUUUUUGUGACUUGUGACUUGUUAAACAAAUGUUUACUCUAACCUUUUUAGGCUUGACAUAACAAGGGGUUGACUACUUAAUGACUGAAGACAUUUCAGCUUUUCAUUUUUAAUGAAUUGGUAACAUUUUUUAAAACUAUUCCACUUUAACAUUAUUUUAUUUUUUUUUUUUUAUUUCACCUUUAUUUAACCAGGUAGGCUAGUUGAGAACAAGUUCUCAUUUGCAACUGCGACCUGGCCAAGAUAAAGCAUAGCAGUGUGAACAGACAACACAGAGUUACACAUGGAGUAAGCAAUUAACAAGUCAAUAACACAGUAGAAAAAAAAUGGGCAGUCUAUAUACAAUGUGUGCAAAAGGCAUGAGGAGGUAGGCGAAUAAUACAAUUUUGCAGAUUAACACUGGGGUGAUAAAUGAUCAGAUGGUCAUGUACAGGUAGAGAUAUUGGUGUGCAAAAGAGCAGAAAAGUAAAUAAAUAAAUAAAAUAAAAAAACAGUAUAAAAACAGUAUGGGGAUGAGGUAGGUGAAAAUGGGUGGGCUAUUUACCAAUAGACUAUGUACAGCUGCAGCGAUCGGUUAGCUGCUCGGAUAGCUGAUGUUUGAAGUUGAUGAGGGAGAUAAAAGUCUCCAACUUCAGCGAUUUUUGCAGUUCAUUCCAGUCACAGGCAGCAGAGUACUGGAACGAAAGGCGGCCAAAUGAGGUGUUGGCUUUAGGGAUGAUCAGUGAGAUACACCUGCUGGAGCGUGUGCUACGGAUGGGUGUUGCCAUCGUGACCAGUGAACUGAGAUAAGGCGGAGCUUUACCUAGCAUGGACUUGUAGAUGACCUGGAGCCAGUGGGUCUGGCGACGAAUAUGUAGCGAGGGCCAGCCGACUAGAGCAUACAAGUCGCAGUGGUGGGUGGUAUAAGGUGCUUUGGUGACAAAACGGAUGGCACUAUGAUAGACUGCAUCCAGUUUGCUGAGUAGAGUGUUGGAAGCCAUUUUGUAGAUGACAUCGCCGAAAUCGAGGAUCGGUAGGAUAGUCAGUUUUACUAGGGUAAGCUUGGCGGCGUGAGUGAAGGAGGCUUUGAGGGUGUACCAGUUACAACAUAUCUAAAUGUAAUCUAUUUUAAAUCCAAAGUGUAACACAACUAAAUGUGGCAAAAGUCAAGGGGUGUGAAUACUUUCUGAAGGCACUGUAAGCCAUAGAUCGAUGUCACUGUCUGACUGACUGUUAGACAUACACCUAUUGAAUGCUUGUCUGGGCUGGGCUUUCUAGCAAGCAAGAGCAAUGAGUUGGUUAGUUAUUACUAACUACAGUUAAUAAGAUGAAUAUGGGUUACUGAUAAGUCAGUCAUACUAGAACAAUUUCUUUCUUUCAAUUUAUUUUUAUUUUUUAUGUUUCAAAAUAUUUAGGAAAGUUAGCAUUCUAACUCAUUGAUCCUGCUUUGAAACUCCCUUACUGAGAAUGUGGUGUCUGGUGCAAACUGUUUCUGUGAAACUCUGUAUUGUAAAUAAAGAUUUGAACCCUA